AUGCCAUCCGUCGGCGCUGUUCCUUCCUUUCAAGCUAAGCGGUGCUCGCUCCCGAAGGCCAGGCUGCCAGCUGGCAGGACCAGAUGGACAAAGGCAGAGGAGUGUCCUAGUUCAAAGCACAUUCAUCUCUGGGGACGUCAGACCUCUAUCAACAUUUUGAGCGUGUCCGCGUUUACAAGGCGAGACGGCCAAGCAUCAAUCACACAUCGGGCCAGCAAGUCAUCGUCUACCGAGAUGGGCGAGGAAAGCACUGGACUGUCGCCAAUAAACCCCGCUGGGCAACCGACCUACCUACCUAUGAGAGAGGCACUACGGCAGCCUCUACACGGAUACUGCUAUCUGCAACAGCUUGACGAGCCACCGAAGCAUUUCCUUCAAAAGAUCGGCAUGUGUGUAUAUGUGGAAAAUCAUGCCGCCAGAAAUGCCAAUUCCUCUUGUGUAGUGGCUCGGAUCUGCAUCAGCGUUCAACUCGAAUUUGAACAAGAGCUUUUGCGCCGCCCUGUUUGA